AUGGACUCCGCCAGCGAUCAGAAGAACUUGGGCAAUGUCAUCGGUGGACACAAGGCCAAUCUCCACAAUCCCAACACCUCCCCAGAGGCCAAGCAACACUCCAGAGAGGUUCUCGAGGAGCUCGGCUUUGAGACCACAAGCUAUACCAGCGGCCCCAGUGGCGUAGAUGUGAACAUCGAGGGAAAGAAUCCUGGAAACGUUGCUGGUGGUUACAAGGCUACCCUGCACAAUCCCAAUGUUUCCGAGGAGGCGAAGGAGCGCGCUCAGGAGAAGUUGGAGCAGAUGGGAGCCAAGUAA